AUCAAUCACCACCUCUCGCUAAUCCCACCACUAAUCCUCUCUUUACCACACAAUUAACACUAAUCCUUCCAAACUCUUUUCUAUAUAUCUCUCCAACCCCAUCUGAAACCCCAACAACUCCUUCUCCUCGCGUUUCCUCUCGUAAUUCCCGUUUUGUUUUUGCUGUUCUUUUACAGUUCUUGAUUCUUCGUUCCUCUCCGAAACACACACACAGAGAGAAAAAGCGUGUUUUACAGAGCCAUGGGGAGUUGGAGAGACAAAACCAUGGUUCUGUUCCUCUGGUUGUCUGUAAUCUACGUGUGUAAGAUUUCGGCAGAGUUUCAGAGAUUCGAACACCCCACGAAAGGUGAUGGGACACUGAGGUUCUUGGUGGUCGGGGACUGGGGAAGAAAGGGAGAGUUCAACCAAUCACGUGUCGCGUUUCAGAUGGGGAGGAUUGGGGAGGAGUUGGAUAUAGAUUUUGUGGUGUCAACAGGUGAUAAUUUCUAUGAUAAUGGGCUGAAGGGGGAGGAUGAUCCCAACUUUCUUCACUCUUUUGCCAACAUUUACACUGCCAACAGCCUCCAGAAGCAAUGGUUUAGUGUGCUGGGGAACCAUGAUUACAGGGGUGAUGCGGUAGCGCAAUUGAGUCCUUUCCUUAGGCAAAUGGACAGUAGGUGGCUUUGCUUGAGGUCUUUCGUUGUUGAUGCAGAAAUUGCUGAAUUGUUCUUUGUGGACACCACUCCAUUUGUGGAUGAGUAUUUCUCGGAUCCCGGAGAGCAUAAAUAUGACUGGCGUGGUGUGUCACCUGUAGACACCUACACUGCUCAAGUAUUAAAUGAUCUUGAAUUAGCAUUGGAGGAAUCAAGAGCAAGAUGGAAGAUUGUUGUGGGUCAUCACGCCAUCCGAAGCGUAGGUCACCAUGGUGACACACAAGAGCUUGUAGAUCAGCUACUUCCAAUUCUUCAGGCCAAUGAUGUAGAUCUCUACGUGAACGGACACGAUCAUUGUCUUGAACGUAUAAGUGACAACAAAAGCCCAAUUCAAUUCUUGACAAGUGGAGCGGGUUCAAAGGCUUGGAGGGGAGAUGUUGAUAAAUCAAACAAGGAAAACUUGAAAUUCUUUUAUGACGGACAAGGAUUUAUGUCUGUUCGAUUGACACAGAGUGAUGUGGAAAUUAUAUUUUACGACGUAUUUGGUAGAGUUUUACAUGAAUGGACUACUUCCAAGCACCAACUUCACUUGGAGAUGUAAAUAAGUAUUCUAGAUCUAAUGGAUGACAUUAUUGAAUAUAUUAGUACAGUUUGCUCAGACCAUCUAAGACUAAUGGAUGAAAGACUCUUGAUCUGCA